AUGUUUUCUUUUAUCUUCACAAAUCCUGAUAUUAAUAGGUGUUGCGCUGUCACCUUCAUCACCGAUCUCACACACGCCUCUCUGGGUAUGAGUAAAGAGGAGUUCGAUACUCAAAUGCGUGACGGUGUUUCUGUGACCCUCUGUCCGGUGGAAAUUCCUGGUGCACUCUUUGAAAACGAGAGCCGCUAUCGAAGGAUCAGCGAUAAGAUAGAGAAUCUGGAGGCCCAGAUGCUCAGCAGCGAAAGGGACCUUCAAUUUGCCCACGAAGACCUCAUGAGUAGGAUAUCUGAACUGCGGACGACGUACCCGCGGUCGGGUGAACGUUCCUCAUCAAUAUCCUCCGACCGAAAACUGGCAAGACAACGAGCUCUUGGCUCAGUGGUUAGGGCGUUUGAUUCUGAUCAAAAAAAUUGCGAGUACGAGGCUCGAGUUGGAUACCACUUGGGUCUGGAUAUGACUAGCUAA